AAUCAGUGUUAGCGAGAAUACUCAACCAAUCGCAUUUCUACGCCAGCCUGUCGAGUUAAAAACUAAAAAACAGUGACGCGUUUAUUUUAUCAGCAAGUAAAAAUAAAUUAAAAUAAAUACGAAAGCAUUUUGAGCAUUUAUCAGUAGUUAAUUGCCUUAUCGAUUGACUGGCGUGUCGCGUGGCAACUCUGAACUGUACUUUUGAUACAGAUAAAAAACUAUUGACUAUUGAACCGUCUAUCUAUAAUCGAGAAAUUGCGCGCUAAUUCCCACAUUGACCAGCAAUCGUCGUCGAAUCGAAAGACGAAUCAAAAUAAACAAUCCGGUACCCAAAAGGAAUCCAAGAUGAGCGAGGAGGUAUCCGCAUCGCCGGUGGCCAUUAGCGACCUCAAGUAUGAGGAUGUGUCGCAGCUGAAUUUCUCCAAACUGUACUCGCCCAAAAUGAAGAGCGUCUACUGGCGCUACUUCGGGUUCCCCUCGAACGACAACAACGAGGUAAUCACCAAGCAGAAUGUGGUGUGCAUUAAGUGCCACAAGGUGUUGACCAAUCACGGGAACACCACCAACUUGAGGGCUCACCUGCAGCAUCGCCAUAAGGAUCUGUUCAAGGAACUGUGCCAGGAGCACGAUAUUCAUGUGCCGCCGCGGAAGACCCCCAGGAACGUGACCCAUCCGCCGCUUUCCAAGCGGAAUGUUUCCUCCCGUCGGGUGAAGUUAGAGUUCAUUAGCAAUCGGAAUCACGACAACGCCUCCGAUGAGGAACUGGACGAGGCGGCCGUAGCCACUGCGGCCAUGCAAGCAGAGGAGGACGCCUCUUCACAGACAAUGCUGUACGAGACUAUGGUGCCGUAUACCUACGAUGAGGCGGACAAUUUGGUCGAGGAGGAGGAGCGCCUGGUGAUGGAGCCGAAAUUCGGACGCAAAAGGAAGGUGGCCACUCCGUCGAGCGUACUGCAUCACGCGCGGGGCAUCAAGCACGAGGAUGGCGGCUAUGGAGUAGCCAACAUUGCCAAUCUUGCCGAGGCACUCACGGACAUCGUGAUCAAGGAUCUGCGCAAUGUAGACACCCUGUAUGACGUCGGGUUCAGCGAGUUUGUGCGUCAGGCCCUGGGCAAUUCGGCUCCUAUGCCGGAGCCACACAAGAUCGACUCCCUGAUCAGUGAGAUGCACGCCUCCAAGUUCCUGGAGAUCGGCGAGAUGACGCGCGAGUUGGCCUCCGAGAAGCCCUUCUCCCUCGCCUUCGAGCAGUGGGUAAAUGUCGAGCAGCGCCGUUUCCUCAGCAUCUUCCAUCACUAUCUGGACGAGGAAACACAGUCGGUUAGGAGUAUGCUGUAUGCUACCGUGCAGUACACAGACUACAUUGUCUUCGAUGACCUGUUGACCGACUUCUACUUGCCCAACUGCACACUGGCCAUCAUAAACUACGAAGAUGAGGAAGACUUGCUGCACACAUAUCUGCGGGAAAAGAACAUUCCCAUUGUACUGUGCUACGUUUCGGUUAUUGACAAAUGCCUGCGGCGCGUUUUUGAGCUCGAAGAAGUUGCCACACUAGUGGAGCAGGUUAGGGACAUCAUCCAGCGAUACUCGACGGAAAUCAGUUCCAAAGUGUCUGAGCUGCCCGCCUACAACGAGCACUUCCCCUGGACAGUUUACGAGACGCUCAAGUUCUUUGCCGAGACCAUUUCCUGGUCUGAUGACAUGGAUCAGCUGGUCAUAUCAGCCAAGACGGUGACGGAGGCACUAAGUGCUCUUGUGAUUGCGUUGGACACUUUGCGUGGCGAGGAUAUUCCAUUGUGCAGCAUGCUUUCGCCAAUCACGUCAAAGAUUCUCAUCAAGAAGCUGGGCAUUGCCGAGCAGGACGAUCCACUUAUGAUGAAUGUAAAGCGCACUAUUGCCGCCGUGCUGCAGGCCCACGUCAUAUCCAAUGACAACUUGACCGCAGCUGCUUUGUUGGAUCCAAGGUUCCAUCGCUUAACGACCAUUGACAAUUUAGACAGAGUCAUUCGCAUGCUGACCCAAAAAUACAACAAGAACUUCAAUGGGGCGGCAGAAGGUGAGAACAGUGAAGUGGCGGCCACCUCGGGGGCCGUGACUAUCAAGUCAGAACCAAGAACAGGAGGAAACAGCACAGCUAGGAAGUCGAAAUUGGAACUUCUUUUCGACAUUGCGGAGAUCCCCAAUUUACCAAAAAGGGAUGCCGACAGCAACGUGGAAACGGAUCUUAAGCGGUACCGCAACGAGGUGGUCGUCCAACUCGACGAGUCGCCCAUUGAGUGGUGGCUGAAAAUGGGAAACAUCUAUGGAACGCUACGGGACCUGGCUACCUUGUACCAAAGUGUGCCUGGUGUGGUGACCCUAAGCUUUAAGAAGGCGCUGAGAGAACAAAUGUACGACUUCAACAAGCGAUUCAUGCUAACCGGCAGUCAAAUAGAUGCGAUUCUUUUUCUCCAUCAUCACAACAAUUAGACUGCAGCUUUGGCAGACUUCUGUUUUUAUACAAUACAAUUACAUUUUAUUUACUUUAACUAAAUAUGUACGACCUUCUGUAUAUGAACAUGACUACCAUGGGCAAAGCAAUCGGUCUAAGCACAAUCUGCUUUACUCUAUAAUAUAGUCUAUAUCGAAAGGUAGUCUUCGCUGGACACGGAUCAUCUAUAGGUAUCAGCCUAUAAAUGUUAAUAGAAUACAUAGACGGAAUAGAUCCCAAUGAAACACAUAUUUUUAAGAAUAUUUGUUAAAUAAAACAAUAACCAAUUAAAACAAGAAACGUAUUUAAAACCAUUUAUUCAUGUUACAAAAUUUUCAUCAUAUAAAAUAGUUAGCUUAUAGAUUUGGAUGUCUUGUAAAUAUUUCAGAACUUGGAUGCAAAAAUUAUUAUUCACGAUAACUCGUAAUAAUAAAAUAUUGCUUCCAUAUUACAUAUUUUUAAUUUAAAUAUAAGGAUAUUUUUCAACUUAUCAAUAAAAACUGGAAAACGAUAAA